CACCCCUCUUCUGAUGCAAUCCAGAAUGCUUUUGGCCUUCCGGGCUGCAAGUGCACACUGUUGGCUCACAUUAAGUUUUUUAUCUAUCAGAACCAUUAAGUCCUUCUCAACAGGGCUACUCUCAAAGUGUUCUCUCAGUCUGUAUACAUACUCUCAACCCAAGUGCAAAACUUUGCUUUGUUGAACCUCAUCAGGCUCACAUUGGGCCCACCUUUUGAGUUUAUUCCUUCUGCCUUAUCAUCUGCACCUCUCAACUUGCUGAGGAUUCACUUGAUCCCAUCAUCUUAUCACCAGUCUCCACUUGGACAUAGAGCCACUGAUCACAACCCUCUGGCUGCAACCUUUCAGGAUCUUCAAAAGCCAGCUGGAUAUGAGCACACUGCUGUGGGUGUCCCUGCUGGUGCAAGGAUUGGAAUAGAUGAACCCAGUGGUUCCUUGCAAUCUAAACCAUCCUGUGAUUCUGUGUGAAUGUAGCUACUUCUGUUACCAGAGAUGUUCUGUGAUCCAGUUUUUUGAGGUGUGAGACCUGUGUUGGUAUCAUAAUGACCCCAUAGCAGAAAAUGCAUAGUUUAAUUGAGCUGUUUUACACUUUUUCAGUGUUUAUGUUAUAAUUGGUAUGAGUGCAUUGCUGCAGUUGCCACAACAAAUAGCAUACUUCCUUGGGAUUUUUGUGCAUGUGUAUCUUAAAGAAUAAUUUUGUUCUUGGCAUUUAAUGCCGGCGUCUAUAAGAAAUUACAGAGCUGCCUUUGUUAGAAUUAAGUUAUGCCAUUGUCAGGAGAGCUAGCUUUUCCUAACUGCUGUUAGGUUAAGUGUAAAAUAGUUCUAUUUUUUUAAUAACGCUUGUCAGCCGUACAUGUGAAAAUACAUUAUUAAGAUGUAAGUAAUGCUCAUCAACUUCACUUUCCUCGCUAUUUGGAACAAGUUCAAAGCACCUUUGAGAAGUUGGUAAAGCUGCCUGUAGAGCUUUGAGCUUGCCUUGCACAGCCUAUCUAGGCUGCAAAGUGCGAGUCAAAGUGCAUGGGCAGACAGCCCAUACAGAUGGAUAGCUGGUACUGCUCUCCUGCUGCAGAUCUGCAGAAAACAUCUGGCAUUAGUAUCUAGUUCACUCAGCCAAUAAGUACCGAAAUACUUUUUUGUUCUUUUUUUGUUGUUGUUCUCUUCUUUUUUUUUUUUUUUUUUUCAAAAAGGGUACCUGAGCUGGAUGGCCAGAGUCAGUGAUACAGUAUUGGUUGUGGUCAGUGAUGUAAGUCCUGUGGAGAGCUGGGCAGUAAGGUGUCCUGGGCAGGUCAUCCCUGGGACCAGUACUGUUCCAUGUCUGUGAGUGACCUGGUCAGUCACCUAGCCUCACUGAGUUUGCAGAUAAUCCACAACUGGACUGAGUGCUGGACACUUUUAGAGUGUAUGAUUGCUAUUCAGGGGAAUAGCAAGAGGGAACAGGCUGGAAGAAAGGGUCUGGCAGAAGCCUCUUGACGUUCAGACAGUAUGAAUGGAAAGUCCCACACCUUGGGCAGAAUAAUGCCAUGCACAGGCUAGGCAUCUACAAACUAGAAAGUAGCUUUGCAGAAAAAACACCUGAAGUCCUGGAAGAAUAAAACCAGAAUGUGAAUCAGGAAGGUGUCCUUGCUGUUAAGAAACCAAGCACAUGUUGGGCUGCAUUAACAAGAGUAUAGCCAGUGGGUCAACAGAAGUGUUUCUUCUCUAUUCAGUACCUACGAGACUGCCUUUUAUGUGCUGUGACCAGUUUUUGCACCCAUACAGGAAAGACAGUGGCACAUUAAAUGGCCACCAAGAUACUUAGCAGACUGGAGCACGUCUUGCACAAGGAGAAGCUGAGAGAACUGGAUUUGUUCAGACUUAGAUAGCUAAGGAGGUAAUGUUACUGACUGCUGUCGUCAGCCGCCUAAUGAGCAUGUAUAGAGAGCCAGGCUAUUAGUGGAAAUGGUGUGCAGUGAAGAAAAAAAAGCCAAGAGGCAGUGAAUGCAAGGUGGAGAAAGGGAAUUCAAAUUAGAUUUUGAGGAAGUGCAGUGAGUGUAGUCAAAAAGUGGAACAGGCUCUUCAUAGUAGGGGUUAUUUCUCUGUCUUUGGAGAUGCUUAGAAUGCGACUAAGUCCUGACCAGCCUGUGUGAUGAUGGCCCUGCUGUGAACAUGGGGUUACACCAGGUAACUCCCAGAGGUCCUUUUAAAUAAGAGUCACUCUUGUGACUGAUGAUAAGACCGGUAAGAGGAAAGUGUCACUGGCUUCUUAAGAGUGAACUGGUUUGGAAAUCAGGAAUGAAACCUGAAAUGUGCUGUUUAGGGAAAAGAUUUUUUGCAACUUUCUUUCUGUCAGUUUUCAAAUGAGAGCGUUUUUUUUUCUCCCAACAUACAAGCCAUUUGAGGUUAUAAAACUGGUAGAAUUUACAGCUCUUAAUCUUUUAAUGCAAACCAAUACUGUCAAAUACUUGUGUAUACUGCACUUGCAGACUAAUAAGCAAUCCUUUUACCGACAUCUGGCGCUUUUCCCAGAUAGGCUGCCCUUAUUUCAAGCCCCAUGUUGUGUGGCAAAGUAGGGCUCUUGAAGUACUUCUGUAUGCACAGCGGGAUAGGUAAAAAGUUCUUUUUAGAAGGGGUAGUGAAAAGAAGUCGCACACAUGCAAGGGGAAGUUCAGCUCCUUCUGAGAGCAGUCACAAGUUCUUUAUUGAGAUUGUAUUGUGGUGGCUGUUACCCAUUAAUUGUUCUCUGUCUGUUGUCAUUCAUUCAUUUCUCAACGUAUUUUUUUUCUUUUUUUGUGGGUUAUAGAACCACAAUGAUACCUUUCUUGGUAAACAAUUUGAGAUAAUAGGGCUUUCUAUGCAUCUUACUUUCUAUUUAAAAAAUGACAUUAUUUGAUCCUUCAGUGAAACCUUGAAAUUCUGAAUAGAACUGUCUUGCUGAAUGAAUGUUCUGAUAUGACAACAAAUUAUGGAGCUGUUAAUGACGGGUUGAUUUCUAACUGAAUGCUUUGCCAUUCUUGAGGUAUUCUUCACCACGUUUCACAACUUUCUAAACACUUCAUCUGUGGUUUUGAUAUUUUUGUGUGCACAUGUAAUGAAUAAAUCAUUAGUGAUCCAUAAAAGCUUUGAAGCAAUUGAAGACUGAAGGAGGGAAGGAAGCUUGCUCAGAUCUGACAUUCCAGGAUUUUGGCUGUAGCUUUCCAUUUACUCAAAACUUUGAUUUCUGUCUACCAAGGCCAACUUGCGGAAACUUUAGGACUUGCCUUAAAGUAGAAUUUUCAAUGUAUAUAGUUGCUACAGCUGGAAAGUGUAAUGUUAUAGAACAAACACAGGCAAGAAAUAUGGAAUAUGAAAGAGAUUUCAGUUCUUAUUUUAUGCAGUCUAAGGUUUAUUGAUCAACAGGAGGCUAAUCAAACUGAAAUGGAACCCCUCAACACCGGUUGUUGAAGUGUUGAGAGCACAACUCAAUCUGUAUGAACUUAUGUCAGUCUUUCUAUCACUGUAAAUCACUGUGCAUAUAUAUAUCUAUGCAGUACUCCAGAAAUAAUUAACCCUACCCUAUUAACAAGUGUAGUAGCAUUCUAUAAGGAGUUGUUCUUUAGAAAAGCAUACUUGUAGUGUAGUCAGCAUGCUGAUCUUGUGAGUUCAGUUAUUUUCUCCAGCAACUUCAGAUGACUGAUGUUUUGCAGUGAUAAAGGCAUAUCUCUUGUUCCAGAUACGCUAUUUAAAGUAAGCAAACUUCUCACUGUGACGUGGUUUUGGUCUCCAGCCAAAGAGAAGACAGAAGCAGCCUACUCUAACUCCUGGAUGGGCAAACAACUCCUUUUAAAAGCGCUGCUUUACAGAGCACUUCUUAGACACUUUUUCUAAAGAGUUUUCAGUUAAUGUAUAGCAAAGUGUGUACUUUAUGUGUGUAUCAAAUCCACAGCGUGCCUUUUUCUGGCAUGGCUUCUGUUAUUUAUUGUCUUAUGUGUUAGACUGUGUGUAUAUACAUUCAUAUAUAAUGUUACAGAUACGAAAAACUAUUUCCAUAUUUUAGGGCUGAGUUCUGUUACUUACAUUUCAUUUUCAUUCAAAAAAGGUGUAGAACAGUUGUCCCUUUCCUAGCUGGUCAGUUCUGGGAUGAAUAGCCAAUCUCUUCAGUGUUGUAGUUCAGUGAUGGUACGAUCUUCAGUCUCAUUUCAAGCAAACAACUGUUCUUUUUUUUCCUCAAAAAUGUUAUGCUCUAGGUUUAUUUUUUUAUAGUCCAGGAAGUAUUUGUACUCAGAAGUGCUUAUUCUGAGGGUUUGUUUGUUUGGUUUUUCCCUUCUAUGUAUCAGAGUUAACUUGUUCUAAAGUAGUUCCAUACUCCACUUUUGCAGUUCAGCCUGAAGGCCAGGUUUCUAAGGGGCUAUCCCACAUUGAGCCAACUCGUGCAGCUUGGCUCAGUCUGCUUUAUGCACAUGAGCAUUGCAUAAGAAAGAAUGUGGCUGUGAUGUGCAUUUGUGUAACGUUUCAUACAGUGAGUCCCAUUUUGAAUCUUUCGAUCAGCUAGAUCACAACUCCUUAAAUGGCUCAGUCUAGUGGAAGUAAUUCCACCUUCAGGCUCUGGGUUGUAGCCCAGGCUGCGUAACACCUCGCUGCUGUUUGAUGUUCUGUUUGAACACGCCGGAGCACACCUGUGUGUGUUUGAACACGCCAUGCUCUUCUCACGGUGUUGAAAUAAUGGAUACUUAGGUUAAACUGUAACACUCUGAAUGAAAGUAGAAUUAAAAUUGUUGGGCUUUCCGUGCUCCGUAGGGCAGCAGUUCCUUUUGCUUUGGUUUUGGUCUCUGUAGUCCCAGUUAAUUGAUUUGAUUUCAGAGCUUUCGUCCAACUGAAGCAGUUGAUUGUUGGUGUUCUUAGCUGCAGCAAGAAGGGCCUGAGCCUCAGAGUAUGAGAACUGAAAUCCUGCAUACUCAUUUAGCAGUAUGUGGUAUGUUUUCUUCUUCAUUGCUCUUGGCCCUUGUUACUAUCAGUGUAUUCUUUUUAACCCAUGUAUAUAUAAAGCAUGAUACAGGAACGUACCAGUCAAGCCCCUGUUACAAUUAAAACUGCAGAGAUGCAAGCGACAGCAGUAGGGUUACACAUGCAAAGGGUGGAAUAAAGGACUGAAUACAGCCCAGUUGAGAAGACAUGUUGUCUUUACUAGCACAACUGCAGAGUCAGCUUCAGGAGGAAAUGCAGGUACUUUUGCAGAUCAAUCUUUCUAUUGAUAAAAUUUAUAUAGAGUUUUAACUGAGUGCUGUGGGGAAGGGCUGCAGUUUCAUUUAAUUACACGUAGCAGUAGCUACAGCUCACUGAAAAUCUUUCUUCCUUCAAAUCUUGGCCAGCAUUGGAUACCUUGCUGUAGAUUUACAUCCUGGUUUAGACCCUCAAAUUUGAGUCUUUUGAUCUAUUUCUAAAAUGCUAAUUAAUUUACUUCUGGACUGGUGUUUUGAAUCAGGGGGGACCUGAGCUAGUUCGAAUUAACAAAUGUUGCCUCCAAGUGAGAUUGCCCCAUGCAGUGCAUAUGAUUCUCUCAUGCAAAGUGAAGGCCUCCAGCUGUGCUUGGUUGUGGCUUAAGUCUCUAGACAAAAUUUAUCAGUCGUAAAUGUGACCUUGUAGCUAUAUAGAUAAAAGCUUGUUCUGUUAAAGCACUGUCAGUCCUACAAGUGUAGUUUCAUAAUCACUCCUGUUCUGGAGGAGGAUAGAAAGGUUGGUUCCCAGCUUGAAGGAUGACUUCUAGGAUGCACCCAGAGAAAUUUGCUGUCACUGCCGUGUUGUAUUAUAGCAAAUAAUAGUGAAAGUAAGGAGCGGGGGCAGAAGGAGGGAAGGGAACUUGUUGUUCUUCUGUCUGAUCUGCAUCCUUACAGGGGACUGCUGACAUUUUCAUGCAGCCGCUCUGCAGCCCUUGGAAGGAACUUAGAACUUUAUACUCCGAAGUGCCACUUCUGAGUUUCCCAGAAUUUGUAUCCUACACGUAAUUUCCAUUUUCAUGCAGUUUUAGUCGAGAGUGACUUCAUAGGGUUGUGGCUUUUCGCACAGACGAAGGUUGUGUGUGGCGUUAUCUGCACCCAUCAGGGCGUGCAGUCAGCAGAUAGCUGUCAGUGUGGAGCGCAGCGCGUCCUCUCGUCUGCCGUUUUCAGUUGGAUAGCAGGGACUGUGAAGAACAGCUUCUAUUCUUUACCCAUGCCUCAAGCCCGUGCGCUGUGGGGAGAAAGGAAAAAUGACUGCUAGGAUUUUGCGGGAAAAUAGCAUUCUCAAAAGCUUGUUUUGUGAGAGGAGAGAAGGAGCAAGAAAGGGAAGAACAGUUAAUGGAAGACAAGAAAAGGAAGAAGGAGGAUAAGAAAAAGAAGGAAUCUGCUCAGAAGGUCACAGAUCAAAAAACCAAAGUGCCCGAAGUGACGAAACCAAGUUUAAGCCAACCAGUGGCUGCCAGCCCAAUUGGCAACUCUCCAUCGCCACCAGUCAAUGGUGGCAACAAUGCCAAAAGGGUGGCAGUGCCGAACGGACAACCGCCAAGCGCCGCCCGCUACAUGCCUCGGGAGGUGCCGCCGCGAUUCCGUUGCCAGCAGGACCACAAAGUGUUACUGAAACGUGGGCAGCCCCCUCCACCAUCCUGUAUGCUCCUUGGGGGUGGAGCAGGGCCUCCUCCCCCGACAGCACCAGGAGCAAACCCAAACAACGCACAACCAGUGACAGGAGCACUGCUGCAGAGCGACAGUGGGACUGCAACAGAUUCAACAAUUGGAGGUGCUGCUGCUUCAAAUUAUGCAAAUUCCACUUGGGGUCCUGGAGCCUCCUCCAACAGCGGCACCAACGCCAACCCAACUCACAUCUGGGACAAGGUGAUUGUAGACGGGUCUGACAUGGAAGAGUGGCCUUGUAUCGCCAGCAAAGAUGCUGAGUCUUCUUCCGAAAACACCACCGAUAACAACAGUGCCUCGAACCCUGGCUUGGAGAAGAACACUCUGCCAGGAAGCACCACUAGUAACAAAGGAAAAGGAAGCCAGUGCCAGUCUGGAAGCGCUGGAAAUGAAUGUAAUCUUGGGGCCUGGAAAUCUGAUCCCAAGGCUAAAUCUGUUCAAUCUUCCAACCCUGCUGCCGAGAGUAACAAUGGACUAAGUAAUUGGAGGAACUUGACUGGACAAGAUAGAAUUGGUUCUGGUUCUGGCUUCAGCAACUUUAACCCAAAUAGCAACCCGUCUGCUUGGCCAGCACUGGUCCAAGAGGGCAAUUCUAGGAAAGGGACUUCGGAAUCUGAUAGUGGUAGCUCCAAUGCACAGAUUAGCACAGUAGGUCAGACCUCUAGGGAACAGCAGUCAAAGAUGGAAAAUGCGGGUGUUAACUUUGUCUCUGGCAGAGAACAGGCUCAAAUUCAUAACACUGAUGGACCAAAAAACGGAAACACUAACUCCUUGAACUUAAGUUCACCAAACCCUAUGGAGAAUAAGGGAAUGCCCUUUGAAAUGGGCUUGGGGAACCCUUCCAGGAGCACUGACACCCCUUCACAAAGCACUGGAGAAAGAAAGACUGGGAGUGUUGGGUCUUGGGGUACAGCUAGGGGGUCUUCUGGAACUGACACAGUCUCUGGACAGAGCAAUUCUGGAAACCAUGGGAACAAUGGAAAGGAUAGGGAGGACUCCUGGAAAGGAGCUUCUGUUCAAAAACCUAAUGGGUCAAGAAGCGAUUCUUGGGAUAACAAUAACCGGUCUACGGGUGGUGGGUCUUGGAACUUUGGCCCUCAGCAUGCAAAUGAAAGCAAAUGGGGUGAAGGGAACAAAUUAACAUCUGGGGUCUCUCAGGGAGAAUGGAAACAGCUGUCUGGGUCUGAUGAACUGAAGAUUGGAGAAUGGAGUGGUCCAAACCAACCAAAUUCUAGCACUGGAGCAUGGGACAAUCAAAAAGGCCACCCUCUUCCUGAAAACCAAGGCAAUUCCCAGGCUCCCUGUUGGGGAAGAUCUUCCAGCUCUGCAGGAAGUGAGGUUGGAGGUCAAAGCACUGGAAGCAACCACAAAGCAGGAAGUAGUGACAGUCACAAUUCUGGACGCCGAUCAUAUAGGCCUACACAUCCUGAUUGCCAGGCAGUCUUGCAGACUUUGCUGAGCAGGACUGAUUUGGACCCCCGAGUGCUUUCAAACACUGGCUGGGGCCAAACACAAAUUAAGCAAGAUACCGUAUGGGAUAUUGAAGAGAUGCCACGGCCUGAGGGGAAGUCUGAUAAAGGAACUGAGGGGUGGGAGAGCUCUGCCACACAGACAAAGAACUCAGGGGGCUGGGGCGAUGUACCCAGCCAAAGCAAUCAAAUCAAGUCUGGAUGGGGUGAGCUCUCAACCCCAACAGAGUGGAAGGACCCCAAAAAUACUGGAGGAUGGAAUGACUAUAAGAACCCCAAUUCGUCUAAUUGGGGAGGGGGAAGACAAGAAGAGAAAUCAUCAUCUUCUUGGAAUGACAGCUCUAGUAAGGAUCAGGGGUGGGGUGGACGACAGCCUAAUCAAGGAUGGUCUUCUGGAAAGAACGGUUGGGGAGAGGAAGUUGACCAAGCAAAAAACAGCAACUGGGAAAGUGCAGGAAAUAAGCCAGCAUCUGGUUGGGGUGAAGGUGGGCAAAAUGAGAUUGGAACUUGGGGUAAUGGUGCAAAUACAGGCUCUGCUUCAAAGGGUGGUUGGGAUGAUUGUAAAAGAAAUUCAACGUGGAACGAGACGGGUCGACAGCCCAACUCCUGGAACAAGCAGCAGCAACAGCAACAGCAGCAGCAGCAGGAGACUUCUGGUUCCUGGGGUCCACCGCCACAAACUCCAAGUAAUGGGCGACCUCCAAACCCAAACUGGAACAGCGGACCACAACCAGCUGCCCCCAAAGACGAGGAGCCUAGUGGCUGGGAAGAACCUUCUCCACAGUCAAUCAGUCGGAAAAUGGAUAUUGAUGAUGGCACUUCAGCGUGGGGAGAUCCUAGCAGUUAUAACUACAAGAAUGUGAACCUGUGGGACAAGAACUCACAAGGAGGACAGGCCCCACGGGAACAGAGCCUGCCUACUCCAAUGACUAGCAAAUCACAAACAUCAGUCUGGAGCAAAAGCACUCCACCUGCUCCAGAUAAUGGUACGUCCGCCUGGGGUGAGCCAAAUGAAACCAGUCCCGGGUGGGGUGAAGUAGAUGAUACAGGAGCAUCGACAACAGGCUGGGGGAAUGCACCUUCCAACGCCCCGAAUGCCAUGAAAUCUAGUUCUAAAUCUAUGCAAGAUGGCUGGGGAGAGAGUGAUGGGCCAGUGACAGGCACACGUCAUUCCAGCUGGGAAGAGGAGGAGGAGGGAGGAGUCUGGAACACAGCAGGCUCUCAGGGAAGCAGUUCCUCCCAUAACUCAACAAGCUGGGGGCAAGGAGGAAAGAAAACACAGAUGAAGUGCUCAUUAAAAGGAGGAAAUAGUGAUUCAUGGAUGAACCCUAUAUCCAAACAGUUUUCAAAUAUGGGCUUGCUAAGUCAAACUGAGGACAUUCCAGGCAAUAAGAUGGACUUGUCUGUAGGUGGUCUCCCAGAUAAGAAGUUUGAGGUAGAUAAACGAGCCAUGAAUCUCGGGGAUUUUAAUGACAUAAUGAGAAAGGAUCGAUCUGGGUUCCGUCCACCUAAUUCCAAAGACAUGGGAACCACGGAUAGUGGGCCUUAUUUUGAGAAGGGUGGCAAUCAUGGUUUGUUUGGAAACAGCACAGCACAAUCGAGGGGCAUGCACACACCAGUGCAGCCACUAAAUCCUUCCCCCAAUAUCCGGGCGCAAGUGCCUCCCCAAUUUCUUUCUCCCCAGGUUUCGGCUUCCAUGCUCAAACAGUUCCCCAACAGUGGCUUGAAUCCAGGUCUUUUCAAUGUGGGGCCCCAGCUUUCUCCGCAACAGAUUGCCAUGCUGAGCCAGCUUCCACAGAUUCCCCAGUUUCAAUUGGCGUGUCAGCUCCUCCUUCAGCAGCAGCAGCAGCAGCAGCUGUUACAGAGCCAGAGGAAGUUAUCUCAAGCUGUGCGACAGCAGCAGGAGCAACAGAUUGCUCGUAUGGUGAGUGCCCUCCAGCAGCAGCAGCAGAGGCAGCCUGGCAUGAAGCAUUCACCAUCCCACCCUGUUGGGCCUAAGCCACAUAUAGACAGCAUGGUACCCAAUCCUUUGAAUGUGGGUCUUUCAGAUUUACAGACCAAAGGACAAAUACCUGGAUACGGUUCAGGCUUUGGCUCAAGCAGCAUGGAUUAUGGCAUGGUGGGAGGGAAAGAAGCUGGAACAGAAUCCCGCUUUAAACAGUGGACUAUGAUGGAAGGGCUGCCCUCUGUGGCUUCACAAGAUGCCAAUAUGCACAAAAAUGGUGCAAUAGUGCCCCCUGGAAAGGCUCGUGGAGGAUCGCCCUACAACCAGUUCGACAUAAUUCAGGGCGACCCACUGGGUGGCCAUGCAGGCCCUGCUGGUGAUAGUUGGUUACCUGCCAAAUCUCCGCCGACGAACAAGAUCGGAAGCAAAUCCAGCAAUGCCAGCUGGCCUCCAGAGUUCCAACCAGGAGUGCCAUGGAAAGGUAUACAAAACAUUGACCCUGAAUCUGACCCCUACGUGACCCCUGGAAGUGUGCUGGGGGGGACAGCCACAUCUCCCAUUGUAGAUACUGACCACCAACUUCUGCGGGACAACACCACAGGGUCUAAUUCUUCCCUCAACACCUCGCUGCCUUCACCUGGUGCCUGGCCCUACAGUGCCUCUGACAAUUCCUUCACCAACGUUCAUAGCACUUCAGCAAAAUUCAGUGAUUACAAAUCAACAUGGUCCCCAGAUCCCAUAGGACACAAUCCCACUCAUCUCUCCAACAAGAUGUGGAAAAACCAUAUUUCCUCAAGGAACACUACAGGGCUGCCUCGCCCGCCUCCUGGCCUGACCAACCCCAAACCAUCAUCUCCAUGGAACAGCACAGCACCCCGAUCGGUCAGGGGCUGGGGGGCACAGGACUCAAGGCUUGCCUCUGGUGAGAAGAAUCAUCUGAUAACGCCAUUGAUCAGACCUGAGGAGUGUGCGCUUUACAGCACUAAUGGUUUGGAGGAGAGAAAGUUGCAGUUGCCUGCAUCUACUUGGAGUGAUGGUAGCUCAGUUCGUCCUAGUUACUGGCUGGUUCUUCACAAUCUCACUCCACAGAUCGAUGGGUCAACCUUGAGGACGAUCUGCAUGCAGCAUGGCCCACUGCUGACAUUCCAUCUGAACCUGACCCAGGGCACCGCUCUCAUCCGAUACAACACCAAACAGGAGGCGGCCAAGGCCCAGACUGCACUGCACAUGUGUGUGUUGGGAAACACUACCAUCCUGGCUGAGUUUGCCACAGAUGAGGAGGUUAGUCGCUUUUUGACACAAGCUCAGCCCCCUACACCUGCAGCAACCCCAAGUGCACCCGCGGCAGGCUGGCAAUCCCUGGAGACGGGACAGAACCAGACAGAUCCAGUUGGACCUGCUUUGAAUCUCUUUGGUGGGUCAACAGGGCUUGGGCAGUGGAGCAGUGGUGGCGGCGGCAGCAGUGGGGGUGAUCUCACUGGCGCUUCGUUGUGGGGGCCCCCAAACUAUUCUUCAAGCUUGUGGGGGGUCCCGAGCGUAGAGGAUCCACACAGAAUGGGCAGCCCUGCUCCCUUACUACCUGGAGACCUUCUGGGAGGAGGGUCGGAUUCAAUCUGAACUUAGAACUUUCAACUCUGACCUCGUGACCUUUUUUGGAACAGCAGCAGCACUAACUUGACCUUUUCGUUUUUUUUCAACUUGCAAUAAAUACAUUUAUAAAAGGAAAAAAGAAAACGGAGAGAGAAAAAAAGGUGGGUCAUUGACAGACUGUCUGAGCACAUAGUUGCCUCCCUUAUAUAACUUCAGUUUUUUUGUUUGGAAUAUGAAUCCAAAAAGAGAACAUAUCACUCUUGAAAUACUUGAAUCAUGAACGCCAACUUAGAAAGACAAUGUGAAGCAAGUACACAUACCAUUUAAAUUUAAACACAAAAAAUUAAAAAAAUUAGUUUCUAGUUUUUCACUUUUUCAUGUUAUACGGAAGUUGUUGCUAAGAAACAUAUAUACUGAAAAAAUAGCUUUUUAACUUUGUUUGCACUGGGUGUGUUUCCGUCCUUAGGUCUACCAUGUUGGGUUGGGGUAGGGGUGGGGUUCAAAAGAAAAAAGGGGAGGGGGGAGGGGAAGACUUGACGGAGCCUCACUUUAAAA